AUGUUUGAGAAUGAUCUAAAUGGACAACCAUCUCAGUGCUCCAUUUGUGGCGACAGAGCGACCGGGAAGCACUAUGGAGCAGCGUCCUGCGAUGGAUGCAAGGGAUUCUUCAGGAGGAGCGUGCGCAAGAACCACCAGUACACCUGUCGCUUCGCCAGGAACUGCGUGGUGGACAAGGACAAGAGGAAUCAAUGUAGAUACUGUAGAUUAAAGAAGUGCUUCAGAGCCGGCAUGAAGAAAGAAGCUUGUUCUUCCCUUCCAGCUGUUCAGAAUGAGAGAGAUCGCAUCAGUACUAGGAGACCAAGCUAUGAGGAUGGUCUACAGAAUGGAGGUGUCUCUAUCCCACAGCUUGUCAAUGCAGAACACAUGUCAAGACAAGUCAUUCCAAAUCCUGUAAACCUCCCUGAUGGUACCAUCGCAGGGAAGAAGAUAGCUACAAUGAAUGAUGUGUGUGAGAGUAUGAAACAACAUCUAUUGGUUCUUGUAGAAUGGGCAAAGUAUAUCCCCAGCUUCUGUGAUCUGCCUCUUGAUGAUCAGGUUGCCCUUUUAAGAGCUCAUGCUGGGGAGCACCUGGUCUUGGGUGCAGCAAGACGGUCUCUGCCCUACAAAGACAUCCUGGUGCUAGGACCUGAUGUGAUCCUUCCAAGGCAUUCCCAGGAUCAGAUGGAUAUUCACAGAGUGGCAAGUCGUGUCCUUGAUGAACUCAUCACCCCCAUGAGGGAUGUGGGUCUUGAUGACCAUGAGUUUGCUUGCCUCAAAGCAAUUGUCUUCUUUGACCCAGAUGCAAAGGGACUGAGUGAGCCAGGCCGUAUCAAGAUGCUUCGCUACCAGGUCCAGAUACAUCUGGAAGACUACAUCAAUGACAGGCAGUAUGACAGUAGAGGGCGCUUUGGUGAAAUCCUUCUCAUGCUUCCCCCGCUUCAAAGCAUCACAUGGCAGAUGAUUGAACAGAUCCAGUUUGCUCGCCUCAUGGGAGUCGCCAAAGUGGACAAUCUCCUUCAGGAGAUGUUGCUUGGAGGUUCUGCCAACGACCCCUCCCAGCAACACGUGCCUGCCAGUAUGCCCGGGAUGACUGCGCACCCGCCUCCGACCCCGCCCGGCGACCAGCAUACCAUCGUCAAUGGCCAUCUCAUGCAUGCUGCUGCUGCACACGGUGGUGCUCCACAUCUCACUCAGGCCUCUUCUACAGCUCAGGUGAUAGCAGAUUUCAAACUGCAGCAAGCCAGCCAGCCAUCAGUCACUGUCACCCAGACCCACAUAGGAGCCCCUCCUCCACCCCCAGCCACUGCCGGACCUCCAGCCCCAGCUGCUGUAGCUGUGACGGUGCCCAUCCCAAAGCAAGAGAGGACACAGAUCAACACCAUGCUCAAGGAAGAGGUGGUAUAAUGCCAAGAUGAAGCGGACAUCAUCCACCUAUCCUUCUCUAUUUCAUCAUGCUUCUUGUCUCCGUCUGCAUUCAAAGUACUACCGGUGAAUAGCUCUAUCUCAAAGAGCCAUUUGCUCUUGAAAUACUUUUCGUGGUCCAUUCCAUUUUAUGCCGGAAGUUGCUUCCAAGAUAGGAAUGCAUCAAUUAUCAUCUUUUCCAGUUGGGUAUCUUUUUCUUUCUCUCUUCAUCAUAAGUACUCCUGGUAGAUAGUUGGUGUAAAGUCACUGUUCCAAUGGUACAUUGUUAUAAACAUUCCACUUGCAAGAUGGUGUGACCAAUUGAUGAGAACUUCCACCCAUCUUGGCCUGCGUUUUAAUCUUCAUCCAAAGAUCUAAUGGUAGACAAAUGGAGGCAUCAUCCUUAUUGGUGCUCUUUUACCCUGAUUUGUAUCCAAAUGUCUACUAGUAAGCAAUUGGUGUAAACGCAUGUGUCUUAAAAACCACUAUACGUCACAUUCCACAAAAUGGGGGUAAGAUUGGGAGGCAUCAUCCACUCUGGUGAUCCUCAUCUGCAUCUGCAUCCAAAGAGCUACCUGUUGACAGUUGGUAUUGAUAUACUAGUCUUAGAAACCACUGUGUUUCAUGUUCCACUUCAAAAAGAUAGAGUAAAAGUGGUCUUUUACCCUUGUAUGGGUUUGAAGAUCUACUGCUAGACCGUAUUUGUUGAUCCUGCUGUAGGUGAAAUGAUAAUCAACACUUUGAUUGUGGGCAUCGACGGAAAGACAAGACAGGUGUAGAAGAAUGGCACUUCUGUCUCUGAUGUCCUGUGUGCCUGGUAUCUUGUGUGUGUAAAGAUCAUUAGCAGGGGAUCGUAAAUCUUAUAUACCAAUAUACAUCACAUUCCAUUUACAAGAGGAGACGGCAAGAUACUCUUAGUCUGUACAAGUCAUUACCCAUCCUGGCGGAUUUUCAGCCUUAUCUGGAUCCAAAAGGUUUGUAUAAUAUCAUCCUAAGAUCUACCAUUAUACGAUUGGUAUGAUGCCAUUGAUCUUAUAAGUGAGUUCCAUUUUGUCUCAUUUCACUCGCAAGAGCAAGCACAUAUGUUGAAAAGAUGGAGAGCAUGCAAGAGACAUCAGCCAUCGUGAUGUUCUUUCAGCCCCAUCUGCAUCCAAAGACGUACCAAUAAGAGAUUGGUAUAAUUACAUUAAUGCUCUAAACACCUGUACAUAUUGCUUAACAAAGCAUGUUUUACAAGGACCAGUAUUUUUCAUCUUUUUUCAUCCAUAGCAGUACCUGAACAAAGAUACUACAAUACUAUCUUAAUAGGGCUGCAACCUAGUGUACAAACCAUUCUGCUUCGAAAUAAGGGUCCCUUGGUUUCGAAAAUUAAAAAUACAUUUCAUUUUUAGCCACUUAUCUUCUGUGAAGAUGCAAACAUACUUUCAAUUUUGUUUAUUAAUUCAUUUACAUAUAUUUUUUUUAGGAGGGGGUUCGUUUCUGACUUUUUUUCAUACAUAUGCAUUCAUCAUUGUAAUUGACCAGUGAGAUCAAUGCCACAGUGAUGUGUAGUUGAGUUUAUCACUAUCUGUAAACAUGGUCCAGUAAAGAAUAUAUACCCUACAUAAACAAUUGUUCAUGGAAAUGGUCCAAUUAAAUUCCCCCCCCCCCUUUCAGGAGCUACUGUUGAAUGGACACAAGACAAAAUACACACUGUCAUUUAACUUCAUGGGAUGUAUUUUCUCCUGUUUCUUUUCUUUACUUACAAUGCAUUCCACACUGCCAAAUGCCUGUAUAGGGUUGUUCCAGAAUUCUUCUGGAAUACAUUUUUUAAUGAAAAAUAUUUCAGCAAAAAUGACAGGGACCAUCCAUCACUUGGAGAGAAAAUUCACUUCUUGAGACGUAAACAAGUGUUCAACAUUCCUGUGAGUUUGGGAGUUUUAGAUAUUCUUCAAAAUUACCUAGAGACAUGGUAGUAAAACGAUUAAAAUUCAAAUGUGAUCAUGUUUGGCUGGAAGAUACUGGAACAAGCUCUUGGGAAGGAGAAAAGAUGAUAAGACUUGUUUCCUGGUGCUUGAUGUGGCUUUAUUUCUUUUGUAUGUAUGAGCUUGAGAUUACGAAUAUCAUAUUUCUUAGUAUAUACUGUAUAUAUGUUCAUCUAAAAGUUUGGUAGAAUAUACCUGACACAUUCUACGACAUGAUCAACUCCAUUGUGGCACAACAACUUUCACAUAGGAUAUAAUCAAAAUAUUUGUUCUUAGCAUUGGUUACUUUAGAUUUUUUUUUAAAAUAUAUAUACAUAUCUUGCUCUUUACCUGUGUUAUACCGUUUCAAUUCGAGUAUCCUCCUCUUUCUCUCCCUCUUUUAUAUUUAUAGUACCCUUUGUCUUGUUUCUUUUCAGCGCUUAAGUCUCCUGUUUUGUUUUUUUGAUCGAUGUGUGAAAAAAGCAGCAAACAAUUUUGCAGUGUCAUUUCAAAAUGAAUUCUUGAUUCUUGAUCAACACUUUUUACAAGUAUAAUUAAAAAAUGACACAUUUCAAAGUUUAUACUCUCUGUAUUUCAUUUAAUGGGGGGACUUAUAAAUGCAUAUUUCACACAUGUGUGGAUAAAUUCCCUUUGAAGAGAGGUUACCAAAAAAUUUAUUUUUUAUGGGUGGUAUCUAAAUUUCAAAGAGAAAAUGAUAUUUCCAGAAAUCUCCGUUCAAUUCCUUUGAUAUGGCUCUCAAAAUAAAGAAAAUGAUAUAGGAAUGAUAACACAUUGUUUUACAAAGUAAUGCUUGCAUUUCUCUAAUUUUACAAAAUAAAGUCAAAAUCUAAUUCCAUUCUUAGACUGCAAACCUAGACUAAACCAUAACAGUUAAGAUUUUCAUCACAUUGCUUUAUCAAAAAUCACUGAUUCAUUCAGUAUAUUGUCAGGUAUUUUAGCAGCUAUGGCAGGCAACCAGUGAAAACAAAUAUAUCCUAUUAAACAGUAGAUAUAAGCAUUACAAUCCUAAUUUUGUAUUCUUUGCUCCUUUUCUUGAUUAAGUUAUCAUUAUAAAGGGCAAAAUAAACUUUCUAGAAACCUUUCUCUUUCAAAUUCAGAAGUCGCCCACCAAAUGACUUUCUCUUUAAAAUCAUUUUUAGCGAAGCAUCAAAUGAAGGAGAGAUAUCGAAGCUUACAAAAAAAGGUUUCAUGAAAUAAUUUGUGAUUAAGUUGUCAUAAAACCUUUAAAAAAAUAUUGGUUCCACUAUUUUAUACACUUUAAGAUAGGAGAAGAUUCACAGGUUUGUUUCACAAACAAAUCGACCAAUUAAAUUACAGAAUUCAUGAGAAAAUUGGUCCACUAAGAGAUAAAAAAAGAUAAUAUUCAAAAAUAAUAUUACAGACAUAUU